CAAUAUUUUUCAUUCGUUUCCUGACUCUCGAACCUAACGUUUCGGCCGGCUUCUAAAUUUUUUGUAACAAAAUUCUAAAUUUUAUUUUUUCGGAAAAACCAACCAAAAAUUCGCUCUAGAGUUAAAUCAUGUGCGAUCCGUGUGGACCAUUCGCGCCCCGAGGCUGCCGCAGCCGUGAACUGCGGUGCGGCAUCAUGUACACCACCUGCGAUUGUGUGAAGCGCAAUGGACUGCAGGAUAAGUGUCCGCGAUCGGCCUGCCAGGGACGGCCGGCGUGCCUGUGCUUCCCUUACCCGAACUGCGGACCGUCAGCCUUCCCCCUGCGCUACGCCAACAUGACCAUGGGCGUGAACAACAAGCGGAUGCGCUGUGCAGCAACUGGAGCCGGUGGCGGUGGCGGCGGCGGCGGUUGCGGUGGUCGCGCCGCCGGUGGAUGCUGUGGUCCAUGUGGUCCCUGUGGUCCAUGUGGAGGCGGUGGAUGCUGUGGUCCAUCUCCCUGCUGUGCCCGCUACCUUGUGAGAAAGGACAACAUGCCCUGUGUGUGGUGUGCGCCCUGCAAGGCCCACUGCUACAACACGCCGCCCAAAUGCUGCUGCUAGGACCAGCAUCCGAGCAUCCUCCAUUCGGUCCGCACUAGAUCCGAGCCCCUCCGUUAAGUCCCGUCCCGCGUGGCUUCUAGGAUCGGACUAGCUCUGGCCCUGGUCUGGGAGUGGCUGGGAGGGAGCACGAGCACACACACUUCGAUAAAAUACUCCGUCCCAAAACCACAACCAUUCCAAGCUUCAAUCAAAACAAAAACAAACAAGUUUGUGAUUCCAUUGGACAUGUUGACGAAGUAUUUGUUGAGCGCAUUUUUGGUGGUAACUAAAUUGAAGUAAGUUGAAUCCGGAAGGCACCCAGUGGCACCACUCGUCAGAGAUCCGUCCAAAAGAACAAAAUCAUCGACGGACAGGAGAGGAGAACACUGCUCGGGCUUCGUGGAUGACGGGAAGAUGCCCCAAAACGAUUUAUGAUGCGUACAUCUUCCACCUCGCAUUCAGCAUCUUUCCCUACUUUUGCCCAAAUGUUUCUCAAUUUUGGCAGAAAAAAUAUAUUCAAAAUUCUUAGUACUAAAAAAAAAACAUCAAUAUGUCGAGUUUGGGCAGUUUUUUGGCAAUAAAUUCACUAACAAGGUG